UUGGUGGCCGCCGCGGCUCACACGCUCCUUCCUCGCCCCGUACUCAGCCUCCUUUUGCGCAAGAGCCGCAUCCACCGGAGCUCGAAGGAAGGGGCGGCUGAGAGACGGCUCCCUGCCGGGCGCAGGUCCGAUCGAAUCGCCGAGCGUCCCGGCUCGUUCCCGCCCGCGGGGUGCACUGAAUGAUCGGUUCCUCCUCGUCCUGGUGGUUUCACGUCUGAAACAUGGCUACAGAUUGGCUGGGCAGCAUCGUGUCCAUCAACUGUGGCAACAGCUUGGGCGUCUAUCAGGGCAGAGUGUCGGCGGUGGACCAGGUCAGCCAGACCAUCUCUCUCACGCGGCCGUUCCACAAUGGCGUGAAGUGUCUCGUGCCAGAAGUCACCUUCAGGGCAGGUGAUAUUACGGAAUUAAAAAUUCUGGAGAUUCCAGGUCCCGGAGACAGCCAACAUUUUGGAGACCUUCAUCAGACAGAAUUAGGCCCCUCUGGCAUUGGGUACCAAGUAGGUGUCAAUCAGAAUGGCAUGGGCAAGUUGGUCAAGAAGCCGGCCUCUUCCAGCAGUGCCCCCCAGAACAUCCCCAGGAGGACGGACGUGAAGAGCCAGGAGGCUGCUGUCUCUCCCCAGCAGCAGUGCUCAAAGAGCUAUGUAGACAGGCACAUGGAGGCGUUGGGUCAGUCCAAGAGUUUCCGCCGUCGGCACAACUCCUGGUCGUCCAGUAGCAGGCACCCGAACCAGGCGACGCCGAAGAAGAGCGGCUUAAAGAACGGCCAGAUGAAGAACAAAGACGACGAGUGCUUCGGGGACGACAUCGAGGAGAUCCCUGACACGGACUUCGACUUCGAGGGGAACCUGGCCCUCUUCGACAAGGCGGCGGUGUUCGAGGAGAUCGACACCUACGAGAGGAGAAGCGGCAACCGCUCCCGGGGCGUCCCCAGUGAGAGGCCGGCCCGCUACCGGCACGACGAGAACAUCUUGGAAUCGGAGCCCAUCGUGUACCGGCGCAUCACCGUGCCCCACGGCGUGAGCAAGGAGUUCUGCACCGACUCUGGCCUGGUGGUCCCCAGCGUCUCCUAUGAGCUGCAUAAAAAGCUGCUGUCGGUGGCCGAGAAACACGGGCUGACCCUGGAGCGGAGACUGGAGAUGACAGGCGUGUGCGCCAGCCAGAUGGCACUGACCCUCCUUGGAGGGCCCAACAGACUGAAUCCCAAAAAUGUGCACCAGAGGCCUACAGUGGCCCUGCUGUGCGGGCCCCAUGUGAAGGGGGCGCAGGGCAUCAGCUGUGGGCGGCACCUGGCCAACCACGACGUCCAGGUCAUUCUCUUCCUGCCCAACUUUGUGAAGAUGCUCGAGUCCAUCACCAAUGAGCUGUCUCUCUUCAGCAAGACCCAAGGCCAGCAAGUGUCUAGCCUCAAAGAUCUGCCCACCAGCCCUGUCGACCUGGUCAUCAACUGCCUGGACUGCCCCGAGAACGCCUUCCUGCGGGAUCAACCCUGGUACAAGGCGGCCGUGGCCUGGGCCAACCAGAACCGGGCACCGGUGCUCAGCAUAGACCCUCCCGUGCCCGAGGCUGAGCAGGGCAUCGAUGCCAAGUGGUCGCUGGCGCUGGGGCUGGCGCUACCGCUUUUUUUGGCGCACGGGCUGCCGCUACCGCUGGGGGAGCGCGCGGGCCGCGUGUACCUGUGUGACAUCGGCGUACCCCAGCAGGUCUUCCAGGAGGUGGGCAUCAGCUACCACUCGCCCUUCGGCUGUAAGUUUGUCAUCCCGUUGCACUCCGCCUAGGGCCCUGGAGGCCGGCCCGGGGCCCUGCUGCUCCCCACUCAGCCUGCUGGGGACGCCUUAAGGACAUGACGCUGUGGACCUUGGUAGUUUUCUCCUUCAGGUUUGUUUCCUGCGAGAACAGAACGUGCUUAAGCCGAGCUGUCCCUGCCCAUGGCCGGGGAAGGCUCCCACUGGGCGCGGGGCUGCGGGCCUUGUUUACAGUCGGACUGUCAGGUUUACAGCCGCGGAGUGUGGGUGUGGGGUCCUGCGCGGCCUGUGCCUGCAGCCUGUGUGUGGCUUCAUGUCUCCCUACUCCCCGGGCCUGGCCUGUCGCAUGGCAGCUAUGAGAGGGCUGACAGGCAGGCUGUCCCUGGCACCCCACAGGCCCAUUUGGGGCUUUCGACCCUCUCCUGAGUAGAUCCAGGUUUUGUGCUGGGCUUUUCCUAGUCUCUCCCUCCCCCCCCCCCAUGCCACCUGAGAGGCGGGUCAGGGGUUGAGGGCGGUGUCACCGUACUGUACGGGGAUAAGGGUAACAAGGCACGUCACUGCAGAACAGCUGGGGCCCAGCCACAGGUGCAGCUUCCACAGUAAGUAUC